CCCCUUUUUGUCAUUUUGGAAAUCUCCUCCACUCCAUCGAUCGUCUUCUUCAAGAAAACAUUUUGAUCUGCGAAAUUCGGAAUUGGAACCCUAGUUAUUCACUGUUGGAUAUUGGGAGGAUUCUCCAAUGGCGGAUCAGGAGGAGGAGGAUCUCCGAAUGGCUCUGCGGAUGAGCAUGCAGAAUUCGCCGCCGGAGCCCAAGCGGAGCAAGCCCAGGGACGCCGUCGCCGGAGGAGGAGCUGCUACUCCGGCGGAGGAGUUUCCGGAGGUGAAGAGCCGCCAGCAACAGCGCGAGCUCAUGGCCGCCGCAGCCGAGAAGCGAAUGCUGUUGGCUUCCGCGAAGAAGAACUCGGCUCCUCCGCCGCCUGUCUCGCGCUCGGCGGUCUCGGAUUCCAAGGUUGUGAAGAGAGAGAAGGAUUUAGGGUUGGGCGAUUUGAAUUUGGGGAGGAAAUUGACGGAAGCGGAAGCAAACGAGCUGUUCUCGAUGGUGUUUGGGGCUGAAGUCUCCAAGGGAAUUCUUGCGCAGUGGAGUAAUCAGGGUAUUAGGUUUAGCCCUGAUCCAGAAACUACUAUGGGCCUAGUGCAACAUGAAGGUGGGCCUUGUGGAGUCUUAGCAGCCAUUCAAGCAUUCGUCCUCAAAUACCUUCUUUUCUUGCCAGAAGAAUUAGGUAAAGUUGCACAAAAUACGCCACAACCUUUGGCUUCAAGGAGCUUAUCUAAUAGUCAAUUUGUUGCAUCAGAUAAUUUGUCUUCUCUUACUGAAGCUGCGAAAACAAGAGCCCUGAUUAAAAGCAUGGGUGAGAUAUUGUUCGUAUGUGGAAGUAAUAAAAGUGCGGUUAUUGCAACAUUGAGUGUUAUAGGACAAAAUAUUGAGGACUUCGAAGGCAGCCCGAAGGAUGAGAUCAUAGCGAAAGUGCUUGAAGGUCUUUCAAUUGAAUCAGCUUUGGAUUUGCAAAAAGUGUUAAGAGUUAAUACCUACACAUCCCAAGCAAGUGCAUUUCAGAAGCUUGAAGCGAUGAUUCCAGUUUUCCGAAGUCGGAUGGGUGCAAUGCUAUUCCUUAUCUCAGCUUUACUUUCUCGAGGACUGGAUUCUGUUCAAGCUGACAGGGAUGAUCCCAGCCUACCUCUAGUCACUGCUCCCUUUGGGCAUGCCUCUCAGGAAAUUGUGAACUUACUGCUCUGCGGUCAGGCAGUCCCCAAUGUGUUUGAUGGAAGGAUGGAUUUAGGUGGUGGUUUGUCAAUAAAGGGCAUAUCCAGAACUGUGGAAGUUGGUUUCCUCACUCUUCUGGAAUCCCUAAAUUUCUGUAAAGUUGGUCAAUAUCUAAAAUGCCCGAAAUGGCCAAUAUGGGUUAUUGGGAGCGAGUCCCAUUAUACAGUCCUAUUUGCUCUUGAUACUUCUGUUCAAGACGAGAAUGAACUGGAACAAAGGGAAUCACAAAUUCGGAAAGCUUUUGAUGCACAGGAUCAAAGUGGAGGUGGUGGUUUCAUUAGUGUGGAAGGCUUUCAUCAAGUCCUCAGGGAAACAAAUGUAAGACUUCCACCGGAGAAGGUUGAUCACCUUUGUAACACGGGUUUCAUUGUGUGGAGUGAGUUUUGGCAGGUUAUAUUAGAUUUGGAUAAGAGUUUAGGAGGCUUGAAGGAUUCAACUGGUCUUAUGGGUAAGAAGGUUUUUGAGCUUUAUCAUUUUAAUGGGAUUGCAAAGUCGGAUUUGAAUGGUAGCCAAGUAAUUUCUGGUGAGACACCGGUGCAAAGACCUAGACUGACCAAAUUAAGGGUCUCGGUUCCUCCAAGGUGGACUCCCGAGGAAUACAUGGCGGACGUGGCAGUGUCCUCUAGUUCCGGUGGAAAUGAAUCCAGAGGGAAGGAAAAUGAAGCCAUUAAACCCGAGCCUCCUCAGCAUGCUCCACUGGUGGACUGCGUGAGGACACGCUGGCCCCGUGCUGUUUGCAACUGGGUAGGAGACCCACCUAGCAUAGUCUGAAAGAUUUUCACUUUUCUCGGGGAUGGUUGUGGUGCUCUUGUUUUAGGAAGCACAGGGAGCGCUUAUAUUUGAAGCAAACGCAGAUGAAGCACCAAAACAGACGGGUUUGUGUGGUUUCGGGGUCGGUCAGACCCUCGGGGCACGUAAGAGGGGGGGUUCAUUUCAGAGUUUUCAUUAAUCUAAAAGUAUGUGCUAGCACCGAACCAUUUGCUUCUAUGCAUUGUUGCUCCAUUCAAUUCGAUUUUGAUAUGUAUUAACUAUUUAAGGUGAGAAUACUGUAAUAUUAUUGUCAAUUGAAAGUGUAAAAUCAGUUAAUAUA